AUGUUGCCACACAAUUGACUAGUAGGAGUGGUAGUAUUGAUAUAAUAAUAGGAAACAUUGAAAAUUUGUUUGCUUUCUAUCUCGAGAGUGCGCUGGUGGUGCGCUGCGAUAAAAUUGUGUUACCAACAAACGUGAAGGAAAACUCAAAAGUUCUACUAUCCUUUGGUUAUUUCAUCACCCAGCUCGAUUCAAGUGGUAAUGCUUACAAUCUGUGUCGAAUCAAGAAUCCUGUCCUAAACUGUCCUAAAGCAGUGAGUGUCACCCCACUGCACUAAUCUUCAGUUGAAUGAGCCUCUAGUUUGAAAUAGGCAGAAAUACUUAACUGAAAUAUUUUGCUGUUGUGUGGUUCGUAAUGAAAGAGUAAUGACCGGGUGUUCAGUUCGAGGAUGUUCGAAUUCCCGAGAAAAAGGUUUUCUAAUGAAAACAUUACCAACCGAUCCAGAUAGGAGAAGACUUUGGCUGACAGCUAUCAAUCGGCCUGCUCUUAUGAAGAGUAAAGCACCUGCUUUAUGUGAGGUACAUUUUGACAAUGAUUGCUGGGAAAUGCCGGGUGUUGGUGGGAAACGGAAGCUGAAAGAUGAUGCAAUGCCAACCCUCUUCCUGAAUUACGUUGGCAGAAAACAGCGUGAUGAUGUGCCAAUUGUUACUCCACCUCCAAAUUAUGUAUUCGAAGUAAUGGUUCCCGACCUAAUCAUCCAAACAGACAUGACCAGGGUGAACCAGCAACACGCAGUUAUUACUCCAUCUUCAAACUAUGUAUAUGAAGUGAUGGUUCCAGAACUAAUCGUCAAGGCAGAUGUGAACAAGUCGACAGAAGAACCAAAACCUCAAAGUUCAAACACAGAUCACGAACAUUGUAAUAAAUUAUAUGACAGAUGCUACCAAAGAUUGAUGUACUUAAAAAAAAAAUUAAAAGCGUAUCGAGCUGAAAAUAAGCGGUUGCGAGCCUUGACUUGUGAUGGAGAUACAUGUAAAGGCAUCCUGAAUGAUGCCGAGAUAGAAAUACUUGAAAAAAGAUAUAAGAGGUGUGAGAAGUGGUCCAAAGAUACAUUAGAACAAGCUUUGUGGCUCAAGUUAGCGUGUGGAAAUGCUGGAUACACUCAACUAAGAAAACAAAAUAUUCCACUGCCAUCACUGCAAACACUAGCCCACAUGCGACACGUUGAAUUUGACUGCUGAAUUAAAAUACAGUAGAAUCUCAAUUAAUCUAUUCUAUAAAACUUCACACAAUAGAAAUAAAACACUACUUUUUAUGUCAUGGUUGCAUGUUGCAAACAACAUAUUGUUUGUUAUAAAAUGUAAAGCAAGGCAACAAAUUAAAUUACAUUUCACUUUUUGUCAUCCAAGUACAAAUAAGAUCUUGAAAUUCAGUAGUCACUGCGUGAUGGAUGGAAAGGAAAAAUCAUAAAGUAAUAAGUAACAAAGUUCUAUAAAUCAAGAUUCAUCAUUUACUGUAUGAAACGAAAUGACUGUACAUCAUACUGAGACCCUGGUUUGAUUACAUUGAUAACAACGGGUAUGUGGGAUAAUUGUUUUUUACUACUGAACACGAUAAUGAGAUCAAAUUACAAGAUACUAAGUUACUAAAGAUCACGGAAAUGAUAGCCAGAUUUCCCAUAAUGAGUUUGCAACUUGGUGCUAGUAAGAACAAAAGCAACUACAUGGUUCACAGUUGGAUCAGAGAUUAAAGCAGCUAAACCUAGAUAGUGAUCUAUACAGAGUGUUUCUAUCGAAGUGCUAACAAGAUAGCAUAGGAUUUAAAAAAAAGGAAAGAAUCUAGCCAAAAAAAUUUCGGUUUAGAAAAUUACAUAAUGAGAUAGAUUCAGACAAAAUAUUAAUCAUUUUGCAUCGCUUGCCAAUAGGGAUCUAGAUACAAUAAAUCAACACAAUGCAUACGUUCACAAACACAAUACGUAGAAUUUUUACGUGUGGAUUAAUUUAUAUUCCGUUUUCAUUGCAGUCUCAGUUGUAAAAUGGUGAACUCAUAGGUUUAUUGGCAUUGUAAAGCAUAUUGUUCAAAAGGGAAGUCAAAUUCUUUAAAGCUUACUUUGGACUCACAAGGAAACAGAAAAAUUUAUUUUACAUUUUGAAUAAACGUUAAAGACUAUCAGUUAUUUGAUAGGAUUGAUUGUUACUCCUACUACUCCAUGUCAAUUACAUUUCUAACUCUUAAGUUUACUUUUUUCGUUCUCACCCUGAUACAUCUCCAAAUCAUCACAAUAUAAGGUUAUUAAAUAUAAUUGACGUCUGUAAAUAUUGUAAAUCAGAUGUUAUGCAAAUAAUUAUUUGAUAUAUGAACUAUCAUAUCAUUUCCGAACAAUGUGACUUAUAUAGGGCAUUCCAUGCCAACUCAAACAAUGUUGAACCCUCAUCACUUUUGAUAUUGUUCAAAAAAAUUUUACCAGAUUGUCCCAACUCCAAAACAGUACCCAGAAUUGUUUCAGAUUUUUUUGAGUAAAUUUGUAUUACUGAUUAUUUUCGAAAAACAACAUGUCUUAUACCGUAAAUUGAAAAUUUGAAAAAAUAUUCAAAAACCUUGUGUCAAGUAUAAAAAUUGUUAGGCCUAGACCCAGCAUAGGCUGGUGAUCCCUUCUGCUCUUUUCUGAGCUUUCUAAAGAAAUAAAAAAGAAUUGAAAAAAUUAUCAGAAUAUACAUUAGAGUGGUAUUUUUAUUAAUUUAAUUUUUUUCUUCUUACGUACCCGUUGAAGUUAGUUGUUGGCCUCAAACGAAGCUUUGUAAAACCGGAAUUCUGUAUCAAAAUACUAAAGGAUGACUCGUCCAGUUUAAA